AUGGUCAAAAAGAAGGAAUCACUUGAAAAGCCAAAAGUUGUGAAAGUUGAAGCUGACAAGGUGAAAAAGGUGAAUUUUUAGGUGGAAAAUUGAAUCUUGAGAGAAUUUGUUCAGGUUAAACGGCCUUGGAGGAACAAGGUUCGAAAAUUGGCUAAAAAAGCUGCUUUGGCCGUAUUAACGGAAGAUGUUCCGAAAAUUGGGGUCAAGGUGAGAAAUUUUCGCGAUUUUCGGUUGUUUUUUUGAAAAAAAGUUAGUGAAAUUGUAACUUGAACCCCCAAAAAACAGAAUUCUAAAUUUUUUUGAAAAAAAGGCAACUAAAUUUGAUGAAUUUCUUACCUUAUCUUAUCAAUGUAAUUUGAAAAAUUUGGAAAUUUCAAAUAUUAGAUUUUUUUCAAAAUUCCAUUUUUUUCUAGAAGUUUGAAGUAGUGAAUUUCUAUUUAUUUAACGUUGAAUUCAAAGAACCUGUUAAUUAAUUUUUUUAGAAUCGCUACAUUCUAUGAAUUUUCUAUCAAUAAAUAACUUGUUCAUAAAUUUUUCCUGAGAAAUUUGAAGUACUAUUUUUAUAAAAUCUUGAGGUUGAUAUUUUAGAAUGAAGUUCAAGUUAAACCACAAAAAUAUUUCAUAUUCAAUGAGAUUUCAUUUUUCCAGCAAGGAACCGGGGAAAGUGCAGCGGCCAAGAAACGGAAAGCCCAUCGGCGAAAAAAACAGUUUUUGAAGACGAAAACCGAUGAAAAUGCGGAAAAAGUGGAAGUCGAAGAGCCGACGGACGUUCUGACAGAGAGCAAGAAGCGUCUCGAGGCCGGCAGAUUCAGGUUUUUUCGAAGAAUGAGAAAAAUAAUAUAAAAAUUUAGUUUGUUUGGGUAAAAAUUGAACGAAAAAUUAAAAAAAAUUAAGUUUUUGAAGGUUUUAUUGAAUGUAAAUUCGAAAAAUAAGUAGAUAAGUAAGGUUCAAAUGAGGCUUUAGGUUUUAAAUUGAUAAAAAUCGAGAAUGAGAGGUAAACUUUGAGGUCAAAAUUUAAAAACGGAGAAUUGGAGUAAAUAACUAAGGACCAUUUUAAAAAAAGUUUCGAAAAAUCAAUAAAUAAGCAAUUUUUGAUCGAAAUGCAAUAAAAAAUGAGCUAGAGAAAUGAGCAAAAUUGUCAAAAUAAGGUGUAGGUAAAGCUAAUUGAAAGAAAAAUCGGAAUGAAAUCAAUAUGAAGGAAAAAAAAAACCCCAUUCUUUAAAGGUUUCUCAACGAAAAGCUCUACACGAUGUCCGGUUCGGAUGCCCUCGAAUUUUUCAAGGAAGACCCCCAAUCUUUCCAAUGUUAUCACAAAGGCUUUGCUGAUCAAGUUUUCUUCAGAAAAUGAAGCUUAAGACUGAAAAAAUAAAAUAAAAUUCAGACAAAAAAAUGGCCAAUUGACCCGGUAAAAGAGUUGAUUCGGUGGCUGAACGGCGGCGUUUCCGACGGCUCAGUUAUUUUGGAUUUGGGCUGCGGGGAGGCGAAAAUUGCUGCUGCUGUUGGUCAUCGUUACAAGGUGAUUAAAAGGAAAAAUUGAUGAAUUUUGGAAUGAAAAAAGCUGAAAAAUUGGCCGAAAAACUGGGUUUUUAGGGAUAUUUAGCGAAGAGAAGUUGAAAAAGCAAUUUUCUAGUUUGAUUAUUGGUUAAAAUCAUUUUUUAAGAGGAAUACGAACAAAAAGGGAGAAAACGGGAAUUUCUGCAAUGAAAUAAAUUUUUUUAAUGGAAAGUCAAAAUUGGACUUCUAUAGACAUCUCUCUACAUAGUCCGAAAAAAAAACGAUAAAAAAGCUCAAAAUGAGCUUGAGCGAGAGAUCAACGACGGCCUGAAGAGACGCCAGACAGUGAGAGAUCUUAACUGGUCUGGUGUCUCUUCUGCGAGCUGUUGAUCUCUCACUCUUCAUCUUUUUCUUUUUUUUUCCAAAAAAAAUUCCGCUUUCCUCGAUUAUUCAUGCAACUUUUUAACGCGAGGGAAACGAAUUUCGAAACGAACCAAUAUUCGUGUCAAGACCCUCACUGAAAAAUGUCUAAAAAUCUUCAUUUUUCCAGGUUCGAUCCUUCGACCUUCUGUCCAUAAACGAACGGGUUGAAGCCUGUGAUAUGGCCCAUUUGCCCGUGGAGGAAUCUUCGGCUGACGUCUGCAUUUUCUGUCUUUCUCUGAUGGGCACCAACCUUCAGGACUACAUCAAGGAAGCCUAUCGAGUCUUGAAAACCGGGUAAUUAUCCAUAGAGCGCAUAUAAUCCUAUCAGAGCGGCCAUCUUUUGAUUUUCAAAAUUUUCUUGUUGAUUUUAGUCGUAUUUUUUUUUUGAGCCUUCCGUUUCACUCACAUAGCUCAAUUUUUUAUUUAUUGUCAUUUCAUUUGAAUUAUCAAAAUCUUAUCCAUGGAGCGUAGAUUGGCUUUCUAGCAUGGCUAUUUUUACACUUAAAAGUUUUGUUUGAAAAAUGAUUAGUAGAAGCUUGAUUUUUUUAUAUUUCCAGAAAAUUACGUGAAAACGGGGUGAUUAUAUCGGAUAAUUAUCCAUAGGGCGCAAAUAAGACUUCUGAAAGCGGCCAUUUUUGAGUGGAUUUUUUGAGUUGUCAUCUAUUUUCUUAUUCUCCACGAUUUUUCCAGAUUUUUACUUCCAUCUAACAGCUUUAUUGACCAUUUGUAGUCAUUUUAUUGGAGUUCUCAAAAUUUAUUCAUGGAGCGUACAUUAGCUUUUUUUGGAGAGGCUAUCUUUUCUCUUUAACGUUUUUUUGAUUUAAUAAUUAUUGGUAGAAGCUUCACUCUAUAUUUUCGAUAUUAAAAAAAUCAAAUGGUAGUUUCGAAUGUACAUAAGAAAACGAUAUAAGAAAGUAACGAAACGAAACUUUUUUUUAUUUUUCAGAAAAAUGAUAGUUUUGAGCCAUGUGACCGUGUCAUAUUCUGAACAUUUCUCGAUAAAAAUUGAACUUAUAAAUUCCAGAGGCAUUCUGAAAAUAGCUGAAGUCACGAGCCGAAUACCGAAGGUCAAGCUUUUCUGCGAAGCCAUCACCAAAAUGGGAUUUGAAGCGAAAACCGGGGGACAGGUUUUUGAUACAAAUUCAAUAGAAAAUGAUGAAAAUUGCGGUUCAGAAAAGCCUCGGCGACUAUUUCACAAUGUUCGAGUUCAAAAAAGCCGGGAAAAUCACGAAUAAACGGCCGUUUGGACUGAAAUUGAAGCCGUGUUUGUACAAAAAAACGUUAAAAUUUAUGAGAUUUUUUUGUUGAUUUUGUUGUUUUUCUGUUGAUUUUAGAUGUUUUCCAAGAGUUUGCGAUACAUUUUUUUGUCAUUUCGUUUUUUUAGAAAAUAGAUAUGAAAUCAGUUAUUUUGAAUUUCAAACUCUUGGAUUUCAUUUUUCGAAUCUUCAUUGUUGUUUUUUUGCAUCAUAAAUAUUGAAUUUCAUUCAUUUCGUUGUUGAAAAAUUUUUCGAAGAAAGUUUCAAAGUUUUCUGAAAAUACCUUGUCAUAGAAUUUCAAUUUUUUUCAAGUCCUUAUAACAUUCUUUGAGCGAAAAAGCUCAUUUUUGGAUAUCAUCAUUUUUCGCAAAAGCUUCAUUAAAAGACAGCCGAAAUUGGCCCCAUUCCGUCAAAACUUGUCAAAUUUCUUAUGUUUCGACGCGACGCAUCGUCGUGAAUUUUUCAUUUGGGUUUCAGUGUCAGAGUUCGAAAAGACUUUUCUAGUCUACCCAUCAAAAUUUGGCUUUUUUUUUCUCGAUUGGAACCUUCAUUAACUAUUUUUCACUGAACUUCUGAGAUGAUUUUGUCUCUGUUUAUAGAUUUUUUCCUUUUAUAUUCCCAAUCGGCGAAAAAUUUUUCUGCUUAAAAAGCUGGAAAUAGUUGCAGGAUUCUUUGGUGCAUUUUUGCAAAAAUUUGGUCAACGUAGGUUUUUGAAAAAGAACCAAAUGGGGUGCAAUGCGCCCCACGGCAAUUGAAAUUUUUCCCCGCCAUUUUUUUGAAAAUUUAAAAAAAUUUAUGAAAAAAAUUUUGGUUCUUUAUUGAACUUCUUUUGGUUUUUUUACACGUUUUAUUGGAUGAAAGGCGAUUAAUUUUAUUGAAACUAGAGUUUCGGAGUUUUUUUGAAUCUUUCAAUUUACACUCUUGUAAAAAAAUUUUUAAAUGAAAAAAAUGUUGAAUAAAAAAAUUUUUCGAACAUUAUCUUAGGCGCAGGACUUUCGUGCAAAUUAAAACAAUUUAGAAAAAGAGUCCAAGUUUGAUAACUUUGUUAAAUUUGUUCAUAAUUUUCUUAAGCAUCUCAGCAAGGAUUAUUGACCAGACUAUAGAGCCCAGAACUCGGAAAAGAGAUUUUUUGCCAAUCUUUUUGAAUAGCGGUGAUUACUGUUUAUGAAACGACGUUAAUGAGCAGCCCCUUUGACACUUGUUCCAUAUUGAUUUGUUACAACAACUCUGUUAAACUUGGAACCUGUCCAAUAAAAGCCUAAGCCCCGGCCGUGUUUUAUGUGACACUCUUAAAUGGCUUCGUUUGAUGUGGGCGGCCGGCCCCACAAGAACACAUCAUAUGCGCUUUUUUUCGUUUUUAUUUUUCGCUCACAGCUUUUUCGCGGCUUUUAUGUCAAAGUGUUUUGGUAAAUCCUUGCUCGAAGGUUUAAAGGAGCGUUGAAGACUCGCAAAAAUGUCUCGAGGCGAGGAUCCAUUUUAAACGGCUGGUCAAGGCUCCUGCGCGUUUAAAUAUUCCAGCGAAUAUUUUUGAGCAAAUUAUUAAAUUGUUCUUUUCGAGAAGGAUUGGUCAAGAAUAGAGCAGGGGGAACCACACGGUCUCAAAUAAAUUAAUUUUAGAAAAUUUUCUAUUUUCAUUUUUUUUUUUCUAAAAGCAUAUUUUCUCUUUUUACUGUGAUUCUCUGGGAAAUAAAUGCUCAAAAGCUCAACCCUGGCUUUUUUUUUUGGAAUAUAAUUUGCGUGAGAAAUUAAAAAUUUUUUUUUUGGGACGUGGUUAAUACAGAAACUUUAAAGUUUAAAUUAGUGGGAAAUUUCUCCACUCCUGGGGUGUUUUUGUUGCCUUUUUUACUCUUUUUCUUCACCCGCUGAACCCAUUUUUAUUUUUCAAAUUUCGAGCAUUUUUGCGCUUUUACGAUCAUUUUUGAGUUCCAAAAUGACUUCUAAAUGAAAUUUGUUUUUCCAGGCUUUUUAGGAGAAUGGGAUGCGUUUCCAGUUCGGAAAAGAAGGAGGCCAAGCAGCGGUCGAAAUGGAUUGAUGACCAGGUUUUUCAAUAACAAAAAUAAAUAAUCCUCAAAACAUCUGAUUUCAGUUGAAAGAAGACGGAGAACGAGCCUCGAGAGAGGUUAAAUUAUUGCUGCUCGGAGCCGGAGAAUCCGGAAAAAGCACGAUCGUGAAACAAAUGAGGAUAAUCCACGAGGCCGGCUAUAAUGAGGAGGAGAGAAAGCUUUUCCGGCCCGUCGUGUACAGCAAUGUCACUAAUGUUGGUGGUUUUUCUCUUGGGAAAAUUGAAAAUUUUAAGCUUUUUUUUCGAUUCCUACACAUGAAAGUCAAAUCAUAGAUGAAAAAAAAGUUCUUCUAAGGGCCCUUAAAAUGAGGUGAAAAAGUGCCUCUAAAAGUGCCUUUUAAAAAGGCGUUUGAGCUCUUUUUACAUAGCCUUUGGAUCUCCUGGAAUAUUAUUAGAGCGGAAAGAUGCGAAAUAAAAAUAUCUGGGACCCUUAGAAAAUCUUUUAUGAAGCUUUAAGCAUUCUCCGUUUUUUAGCGGUUAGAGAAUUUUCGGCGAUUUUUUCCUAGGUAUUUUUGUGUUUUUUCUCGCAUCAUUUCAAAGAAUUUUCGGAUAGAAAAGGUAUUUUACUCGAAAAUUCAGAGAUAUUCUAGGUUAAAUCGAUUUUUCAACUUUUUGCCUUAAAUUUCGUAUCUUCAAAACCUUGGGGGAUUUCAAAAUUACUUUUGUUUUUUUCUCGGUAUUUUUUUCCUUUGAGGCUUUUUUUCCUGACUCGAAGCUUGUUCUAUCCACGUCCUCGGAAUUUUUCAGAGUUUACUCGCGAUCGUCAGAGCGAUGGACACCCUGAAAGUCACAUUCGAUGAUCCUAACCGAGUCGCCGACGGACGGAAAUUCCUCACAUUGAUCCAUCAAAUGGACGAAGGGGAACUGUCGCCCGACCUAGCCCUGGCCAUGAAAAAACUCUGGGCCGACGUCGGGGUUCAAACUUGUUAUUUGAGGUGUUUUAUACGUUGAAUCUGUAUUUUUUUAUUUUGCCAAAAAAACGAAAAAAAUUCAAUACAGCUACAAAAUUUUCUCAAUUAAUUUUUUUCUUUUUCCUCCUUCUCCUCGCACCUGAUGAUUUUCCCUGUUUCCUAUCAGUUGAUAGUAAAAAAACACACUUUUUCGAUUUUUUUAAUCAAGUGAUAAGAGUUGUUUAUAUUUACCAAGUAAAAAUUAUUGUUUAUUGAGGUCUUUAGCUUAGGCCUCUUCCUUUUUUCACCCUUUUUUAAGGCUUUUAAGGCCACAAAGAAAGAAAGGCUCAAAAAAGGCCGCAAAACGAAACCCUUUUAGCGGGCAUUUUGCUCCCGUUUUCCGCACUUGCGGUUUUGGCAGUGUUGACAUAAUUUUUCUUCAGAAAUGUAAACUUCAAGUUUUCAACCUGUAUACAAUUUUUUCCCUUCCAGAAAAAUAUUUUUCAUAAUUUUAGGUCGAGAGAAUAUCAACUGAACGACUCGGCCGCUUAUUAUUUGAACGCGAUCGAUAGGAUCUCCCAAGUUGAUUAUAUCCCAACUCAAGUUUGUCUUUUCUUCUUGGAAAAUGAAUCUGUGCCGGGUUCAAAGUGAUUCCGCCAAGUUCAAAAAAACCGUCAGAGAAAGAUAAAGAUAACUAAUUUUUUUGGAGAGUUAGAGAUAAUUUUGGAUUUCUUUGUACACGGUACUAUGAACUUUUGUAACUUUUGAAAAAAAUCAAAAUUUAGGAUGAUAUAAUCCGGUCCCGAGUGAAAUCCACAGGAAUCGUUGAGACCCAUUUUACCUACAAGGAUUUGUUCUUCAAGUAAGUUUUUAGUUUAUCCAAAAGUGUUUAUUUAAAGGCACAUGGCGUAGGUCAAGUUAUGCUCCUUUAAAUUUUUUGAAUAACCGAUUUUUCAUCAUCCAGAAUGUUUGACGUCGGCGGACAGAGAAGCGAGAGGAAAAAGUGGAUGCACUGUUUCGAAGGCGUCACGGCGAUCAUCUUCUGCGUGGCGAUGAGCGAGUACGACAUGGUCCUGGCUGAGGAUGCCGAAAUGGUAAAAAGAUCAAAAAAAUUUUAGAAAUCGAUCUAUUUCAAUUAAAAUUUCCGGAGUAAUAGUAGGUUCAUUUCUGUGAGCUUAGAGCGCUGAGAUUUAAAAAUUUUCAAGAUUUUGAGAAAAAUAAAUUUUUUUCUGACCUUUUUUUCAAGUCGUAAUAAACAAGUUAUGAGCUCGAAAAACAUUUUUUUAUUAUUCAUAAAAAAAUUCCAAUUUUCUUUGAUUUCUAUUCUGUGAACCAUGAAAAAAAUAAAUGAAAAGUUCGAAUUUGACUGAAUUUUCUAAGGAAAUCAGAACGAAAAAUUUGAGAAUUUUUCGUACCGAGACUAUUAUAAAAUUCUCAGAUGCUCCUUUAAAAAUUAAUGAUUAUUUCAACAAUUUCUAAUUUUUUUAUAGAACCGAAUGAACGAGUCGAUGAUGCUGUUCGACUCGAUCUGCAACAACCGAUGGUUCACGGAAACUUCCAUAAUUCUCUUUUUGAACAAGAAAGAUUUAUUCGAAGAGAAAAUUCGCCGAUCACCCCUCUCUUUCUGCUUCCCCGAGUAUAAAGGUUUGCGCGAAUUAUUUUUUCGAGAAAUUCCGGUCAUUUUCAGGAUCAAAUACCUAUGAGGAAGCCUCGGCCUACAUCCAAUUGAGAUUCGAAACACUGAAUAAACGACGCGGAGGCCAAAAGGUUUUUUUUUUUUUGAAAAGUUAUAUUUUGUUGUUGUUGUGCAUACACCUCCGACGCAAAAUCGCAUACUCUAAUUUUUUUUUUCGAUUUUUUUUUUCCUUCUUUUGAUCAGUUUCUUUAAAAUUUCGGUUUUUCUCAAUCACGGUCUUUUUGAAAAAAAAUUUCUCAAAAAAAGGAAAUCAUGUUUUUGGUGCAUACACCUUUGCCGCAAAACACAUACUCUCUUUUUUUUCAAUUUUUUUUUUUACAAUUUUGACCAAUUUUUUUUUUUAAUUUCAGUGUUUUCUUGUCACGUUUAUUUUAAAAAAAUAUUCUCGGAAAAACCAAGUUAUGAUGUAUUUGGGGCAUACAACUUUGACGCAAAAUCACAUACUCUUAUUUCUUUUUUUUUUUGAAUUCUCAUCAUUUCAAUAAAAUUUAUUCAAUUUUCCAGGAGAUCUACACGCAUUUCACCUGCGCCACUGAUACCAACAACAUACGCUUCGUUUUUCGACGCCGUCACGGAUAUUAUUAUCAGAGAAAAUCUUCGUUUGUGUGGUCUUUAUUAACUUUUUCUAGUACUAAUUCCGAUACUUUUCCAUAG